AGCCGCCCCAAAGCCCGGCGGCCGCGCCCGCUCCGCCUCCCCUCAGCGCCGGCGGCGAGCAGCGGCCCCGCCGCCUGCCCCCAGCCCCGCUCCCGGUGCUGAGGUUCCGCUCCCCGCCCUUCCCAGAGCGGCUGGCCGCCAUCGGGCCGCGGAACCCGGCAGCUCUCGACAGCGCGGGGACCCGCCUGAGCCGCACUCAGCCCCGCAGGCCGCCGGGGGACGAUGACUUUCCAGUGGACGGCGGUUGCCACCUUCCUGUACGGCGAGGUGGUGGUGCUCCUCGUGCUCUGCCUGCCCUUUAUCUCUCCCCUGAGAUGGCAGAAGAUUUUUAUGAUUCCUCUAUGGAGCAAAAUAGCUGUUUUUUGGAACAAGAUGUUCCUUACAAUAAUAGUUCUACUGAUCAUCUUGUUUCUUGAUGCUUUUAGAGAAGUUAGGAAGUACUCGGCCAUUCAGGUGACUGAGAAGGUUGCAAAUGUCAAUACCAAUGCCAUUGAUCAUAUUCAUAUGAAACUCUUCCGAUCACAAAGAAACCUCUAUAUCUCAGGUUUUUCCUUAUUUCUGUGGCUUGUAUUGAGACGUACUAUUACCCUUCUUACUCAGUUGGCAAAAAGCAUGGCAUCUCACGCAGCUCUGGAAACGCAAGUCAACGACACUACUGAAGCAGCCAAAAAAUACCUGGCUGAGAAUGAAAGGCUGCAGGAGGCCUUGAAUGAACGAGGAAGCAGUGGAAAUAAAGAAUCAGCAAAAGUAAUUAAUGAAAAAUUGAAGAAGGAAGUUGAACAUUUGAGAGCAGAAUUACAGAAGGCAUCAAAUGCUCUUGUCAAGGCAAAUAAUGAAGUGAUAGCCAUUAAAAAGCAGUCUGAUGGCCUUAAAAGAGAAUAUGACCGUCUGAUGAGAGAACAUGAACGGCUUCAGGAGAGUUCAAGUGAAGCAGAAGACAAGAAAGACCUGUAAGUGUGUCUGAGGCGGAUGGCAUUGGUACGAUCGCUUCAGUGUGAAAAGCCUCGCACUGUUUAGGCUCCUGAUGCGUGUCUGAAACAAAACUUGAUUUUUCUGAAAAGCACAUGCACUGCAGGUCACGAUUCAGAUUCCGCUACUAUAUCUUGGUUGCCAAUAUAGUCUGUGUUUGAAAUAAAACGUUAAGUGGCUUACCAGAUUUCCCCUGGAGUUUGUCACUGCUCUUGUGAGAAAAAAACACGAUAAUCUUUCAAUUCCAUCUGGAGCAACUGAUCUCCAAGCUCUCACCUUUCAAAAUGGUAAAAGAUCAUGCACCAUUUGCUUGUAGAAUUCGAGUGAGAUUGUAUAUCAUGCUAAACCUUAAAAACACAGUUACCAAAAAAAAAAAAGUCUCUUGUGACACCUAUUUGGAGUCUUCAAAAAUUCAUUUAGCAGUGGAUUGUACAAGCUUUUCAUCAAUCCUUCCACUUCAGUGGAAAACUGAAUGACAAUCAAUCUAAAGAAAAUAACUAAAUAAAACUGUAUUUCUAAAUCCAUCUCACUAGCUUGUGACUUUCACUUAGCCACAUGGAUGAAUGUAUUUUAACAAAUAAUAUUUUGCAUGCCUCUGGCUUCUUUUUCUUUAAUAUACUGCGUUCUGCCAGUUUUCAUAACCUAAUUUAAUUGGUUCUUAUUAACAUUCUGAACUUUUACACUGUUUACAUCCCUUUACUCAGUACAUGCCACCUAACUGCUUUUGCCUUGCUAGGUAAACAUUCUUUUCUUUUAUUUUUUUUUGUGUGGAUACAAUACCUCGAAUAAAUGUGCACUGUUUUGCAUAAGCUCUUUUUGGCAUUCUGACAGUUGUUUUGAGGUUUUUUUUUUGUUAGUUGGUUCCAAUUUGUAUUUGAAAGUUGGAUAUAUUUCUUAUAUUAAAGGGAUUGUUUACGUUCA